AUGGAAUUCUGGGAUCCUGGACAAUGGUUGGCUGUGUUCAUAGUUUUGGUUGUGAUAUUAAUAGCCUGUUAUAUCUACUUGCGAUCAUCAGUUGGAAGGUGUGAUAGCACAGCCGAUCUCACUGGAAAAACAGCCAUAGUUACAGGGGCAAACUGUGGCAUUGGCUACCAGACUGCUCUUGACUUUGCCAAGAGAAAUGCACGAGUGAUUCUUGCAUGCAGGGACGAGAAGAAAGCUGAAGCAGCCAGAAAGGAGAUCAUUGCUCAAACUGGAAAUACAAAUGUUUCAGUAGGCAUAGUUGAUUUAUGCUAUCUGCGCUCAGUGAGAGCUUUUGCCAAAGAGAUUCUGGAGAAAGAAUCACGACUUGAUAUCCUGGUCAACAAUGCUGGUAUUGUAUCUGCUGGUAAACCAAAGGAAGUUACAGAUGAAGGCCUGGAGACCCUGUUUGCUGCCAACUAUUUCGGACCAUUUCUUCUCACAAAUUUACUCCUAGAUCUGAUGAAGAAAUCUGCACCCAGCCGAAUUGUAAAUGUUUCCUCUAUGGUGAACAAGUUUGGCACCAUUGAUUUUAACAACUUGCAGGGAGAGAAAUCAUUCCAUUAUCGCAAUCGCUACUUUGACAGCAAGCUAGCAAUCAUUCUGUUUACACGGGAACUGGCAAGGCAGUUGGAGGGGACAGGUGUGACGGCCAAUGUGCUGCAUCCAGGAAGUGUGACCACUGACCUUUUGAGGCACAUGUUUUUUCUUUUGCGCUAUCCAGUCGAGUUUUUCAUGAGGAUCUUCUGUAAA